AUGGAUUCUAAAGCAGAGUCUGAGACAGCCCUCUCCUUUUCUGCUUUGGAAGACCCUGCUUCAGAACAGAAGCUUUUUCUGUCCAGCUCUCAUGGUCAAACAGAAGGUGGAGCUCCAAUUUUAGUCCAGCUGUUGGAGUUUAAAACUGACCUCCAGGACUUCGUCGAAGAGCUUCUUAUUCGAAGGGAUGCAGAGACGCGCUUUGAGGAUGAGAUCAGUAAGCUUGCGCUGGAGAAACAGGAGCUGGAGUGGGAAAAGGAAUCCCUUCAACAUAAAAUAGAAACCAUGACAAAGCAGCACACUGACUCACUUGACUCUGUGAAAAAAAGGUUUCAAGUCAAAUUACAACACUCUGAGGAGGAGAAGGGGAAAUACCAGGUCAGUGCAGAGUUAAAGGACAAGGAGAUUAACAAUUUAAAGGAAGAGCUGAAGUCAUUGCAGUUGCUGAAAUACAACUUGGAGAAGAAAUCGAGUGAGCUGGAACAGAAGCUGGCCCUGCAGAGUCGCACAAAGGACAGCCACCUGAAGCAACUGGCAGAGGUGGAGAAAAGAUUCAGUGCUCUUUCCAGACAGUGCGCUAUGGUCAAGCAGGCUCAUGACAAACUGGAGCAGAAUGUUGAUGAAGCCAUGAAGAUAAAUAACAAGUUGACUUCUGCCAGAGAAAAACAAGAAGGAAUCAUUGAUUCACUUAAGAAGAAGUUGAUGAGGUCCCUGCAGCACAACCAGCAGCUGUUGUUGAGUCAGACACAGACCGUAAGGAGAAUCGAACAGGAGCUGGAGAGUCAAACAGAGAUGUUCAAGGCCCUUAAGCAAGAACGCGAAGUGAUGCGAGAGAAUAGAAAGACAAUGGAAGACAAAGUGGCUGAACUGACAGAGAACUACGCUGCUUCCAAGAUGAACUGGGACAAAGAGAGAGAAACAUUACUGACUCACAUUAAGAAUGAGCAGUCAGACGUUCAAACAUUGAAAGAAGCUUAUGAAGGCCUUGAGCUGAAAUGCGCAGACCUGAUUUUGCAGGCCAGCUCACAAGCACAGCAAGCCGGGAAGCCACAGAUGAAAGACAACAGUCAGAGUCCUCUUGUUGCGACCCAGCUCAGUCCUUUCAGCUCAGUCUUGGAAAGAUUCAGAGCUGAGGAAACUGCUAAGGAUCCAGACUCCAGCUCUCAGCUGCCUGACCUCGACAGUCUGCAGUGCGCUGCUUCCUCUCAGGCCAAAAUCCAGGAUUGUCUGAAGGACACAGGAACAGCUUCAAAGCUUGCUUCUACUGGAGCAAAUGGAGGUCAAGACGAGGUGAAUAAUCAGCAAGAAAUGAUUGAACAGUUAUCAUAUUUCACAAGCAGCAUCCCUGAUAAUUCUGAAAAAAACACAGAAACCGCUGGUACAAGUGACUUAAUUGGACUUGAUCAGAGUUUUCUGAGUAAAUCUACCUGUGUCAGUACAUCAAACCCUGGGUGCGCUUCACUGAAUGGAUCUACAGAAUUACUUGAAUAUGAAACAUAUGAAGAGAACAAAAAAGGAAAUGAUAAGAAACAUGAGAGAGGGGAGGAUAGCAAAAAGAAAACCAACAAUAUACAGCAGGAGGAAAAAAUAUUUCAGGAAAAUGUGAAAAGUGAAAGAAAUGCUGCAGAAAAAAGAGCAACCCCAGUUCAAAUGGUAGAUAGUUCAGACAUGCACAGGGAUUCUGAGGGGUCAGCAAAGGCGACAGAGAGGACCAGUAACCUAGAAACAGAAACAAGAGCUAGAGGUGAGGGAGAAGUAACAGAUGGAGUGAAAGAGAGAGGAGAGUCAGCAAAGCAUGCACCAGAAAGUCCAGAAACACAGAUACCAGCUCUCACAACUGCUGAUAUGACUGAAGCGAGCCUCGGCAGGCAGGUCAGUGACUUCAUGGAUACUGAGCUGCUGUCAACUGUCUGUGAACCCCUUAACUCCACAGAACGUGUUUCUCUAAAAACCACAGAGAAGGAUGGAAAUGUAAACUGUGAAUUUACUGUCAGCACAAAUGAACACAAAGUGACUUCAGAUCAACACAGCAUCUGUGCUGAAGAUGAGAUACAUAUCUUAACUACAACGGAUCAGACUUCAUGUAGUGAAGCUCAGUCGAUCGCACUUUGUCAGAUUCCAGGAGAUGAGAACCCAUCCAGGGAAACAUUGGGUGCUUUUCCUGCUGAAUGUGCCUCCCAGAAGAAUCCUCCUGGAGAGUUGGAUCAAGAAAACAACAUCCAGAUGUGCCAAACAAACCAAACUGAAACUGGAAGAUAUAAUCCUCCACACGUCAACGCCGAUAUCAUCCAAACAGAUGAAAAUACUGAUGCACCCGUCAGGAAAGAGUCUGAGUUAAUGAGAGAACCACCACCGGAAAUUUCAGCGAAGGAGAGUGUGCGGCUGACGUCUGCUGUGGCUAAUGAUGAAGAUGAUGCACAAAAGAGGAAGUGGAUUCAGCCAAAUGUAAACACAUGUGAAACUGUACAUAUACCUUCGUCAACAUCCUGUUCAAAGGAUGUAUCCAUGGAGGCUAUCCUUCUACCAGAUGUUUCACCUGAAAACAUUCAGGAGGAAACAAAAACCAACACACCGAAGGAUCCUGGACUUAAAGAAAUAACCCAAGACAAAGGCGAUUGGAAUCUCUCUAUUCUGCCAAGUUAUGACGGUAAUGGAUGGCCAGAGCUUGACCGUUCACAGCUUCACCAGAAGAGACCUGAUGCUUCGUUUGAUUUGUCCCUGAUGAGCAGAAAGCCCUGCAGGUCUCUGUUUGACUGGGGGGCAGCUCAGAGGAAACCGUUCUGCUCGGGACCAAAGUCAGAUGGAGCCGGCCUGCUACAGUUAAACCAGGCUCCCGAUGUGUCUCAAACAGAUAGCACAGGACAUUCCCACAGCACUAUACCCAUGUUCAACGAAAGCAAGCACAACAAAGUCCCCUUGCUCAUAAUGAGAGCAUCAGAUCUAUUCAAUGCUUCUGGAGCUACAUCCUCUUUGACGGGUCAACAGAGGGAAGAAAACUGCAGAGAGGAACCAGCAGAAACGGACAAGACACUUUCUUUGUCCAUCAGUUCUUUUCCACGCACUCUCUCCUCUAAUACAAGCAGCAAAGGUUCACUGCAGUCCAACCUGGAGUGUAGCAAAGCUCAGAGCUCAGCUCCAGUUACAGGGUCAGAGUCGGAGUGGGAUCUGUCCUUUUCCCAGGAGAGGGAAACCCAGCAGUCUGCUUUCAGAGCACAGAUCUCUAAGAUCGAACAUUUUCUCAGCAGCGAGAAGCUUCGACUGUCCAAAAGACGACGAACUGACAGCUGAACAAAACUGAUGUAUCCACAAGUUUAACAAGUUGGUUCAUUUAUCGUGCCUUAGGUUUAAAUAUUAAUAAGUAAAACUUUUUUUUUGUUCUAAAAUGAAACUUUAGUUGAAAGCAUACAUGAAUAAACAAAUUUUUGCCUUGUAACUUUACACAUUAACUUUAGUACAUAAAAUUUUGCUUUAUCCGCAGAACUCUGUGCUGUUCAUUCAUUGUCAGAUUUGGGCAACUGCUUCAGGAGGAAGGCAAUAUUGAUACAACUAGAAGUUUAAGCUAAUGUUUGGAUAAGGUUUUGUGUAUUUUUAUAAGUUGAAUUUGAAGCAGAACUUUGUAAAUCAUUUUACUUUGCAUAAUUUAAGAACGUUCAUAAUGCGUUUUUGUUAGCAGUGGGUUUUGGAGCCACCAAUGCCUGGUUAAAGGAAGUAGCCUGAUAUAAAAGGGUAUAAAAAGACAGUGA